GACGAAAGUAUUCGGCUUGAGAGUCGCGAAAUUUGGCCGCUAGCCCACGCCCACCUACGCUGUCUAGGAUGGCAUGUGUUCUCUGAGGACUCUGCUGUUUUCUCGGGACUAGAGCGCAUGUUGUUGUCUGUGACGUACCUGCUUCCGCCGAGAUUGAAGAAUAUUGGACGUGUCCAAAGCUAUCACUUUCCGAGAUUGCGGACGAAGACACACAGACUGACCCGCUCCAAGUCCGCCGAGUACUCGGUAGUUAACAUGACGCUUUCCAGAUAGGUCUGAGAGAAUUCUACUUGGACAGCCUUACGUAUAAGGCUUACCAAUCUCCAACGGCCGAUGUCGUUCUUGCAUGUCAUGGACACCAAGCAUGGCGCAAUAUAAAUAGGAGACAGCCAUCUCUGUUGGCCAUGCUGCAUACAUCACCAAGGUAGGGCAGACUCCAGGCUGGCCUUCAAAAUCACCACUCGAAUUCAGUCGUUGCAAUUUGCCCAACCACAAUGGCUCAACCCGGAAAUGCGACCGGCCUGAUUGCAUUUAAGGGUAUCGAACUUCUUACGAGCUUCACUCCUAAUGGCUUCAAAGUGUCAAUACUCCUCGAGGAGCUGAAGGCGGCAUAUGGCAUGACGUACACGUAUCAGCUCAUCGACAUCUUCCAAGAGAACGUUCAGAAAGAGCCAUGGUUCAUCAAGCUUGGGCCUAACGGACGGAUUCCAGUCAUUGUGGACCAUGAAAAGGGUGAUUUUGCAGUCAUGGAGACCAUGGCCAUUUUGAAUUACCUCACAAGAACAUAUGAUGCUCAGCACCAAUUAAGCUUUGAGGAUCCUCUCGAUAUCUGUACUGCAGAGCAGUGGAUGGCAUGGGUACAGGGAGGUCUAGGACCUAUGCAAGCGCAACUCAACCUCUUCUACCGUUUUGGCGCUGUGAAGAUACCAUAUGCGCUGCAGCAUUACUAUGGUGAAACGGAACGAUUAUGGGGCGUCCUCAAUACUCGCCUCGCAGAGCGUGACUAUCUUGCCGGGCCUGGACGUGGAAGAUACAGUAUUGCAGACAUGGCUGCGUGGCCAUUCGUCGAGACCUGCUUUGUCAGCGGCAUCGACAUGGACAAGUUUCCCCACAUUCAAAAGUGGUGGGAUCGUAUAGGCCAGCGUCCAGCGGUGCAAAAGGCCAUGCGGAUUCCUCUCGGGCAGGAGUUUCCCUACGGGUAUAAAUUGAUGCAAGAGAAGAUGAAGCAGGAUCCAGAAGGUGUGGAAGAGAGCGAGCGUCCUCUCCGAGAAGCUCUCAAGACGGCGCAAGAGGAAUUUGGAUAUGUGUACAAGAGUCCCCUUCCGGACGUCGGACGAAAACGAAGACUUAUUUAUGGAGUGUGUGUGGACAAGGCAAGGCUGAGGUUGACAAGGCUGAUACUCCUGAACCGAGGCACGGCAGAAUUCCGCCAACUCCAAACUGCGGAGAUGCUCGUCUAUCUCGAUAACACUCCAAUGCGGACUACAAAUCUGGAGAUUCCCUUUCUCGUGCCUGUACCUUCGAACCACUUCACCUCGACCAAGCUCACGAUGUCUUCUGCUGCGCAAGGAUCCCAAGAAGCACCCUGGCAGCCCAUCGCACAGCGUAAACAAGCCGAACGAGCCUCCCGCAUCCCCUCAAAAUGGCACAUCCCAUCUCACGUCCUCCCUCGAGACCCUCCACGCCCUGAAGACGGACCGCAGAACGUCCUCGACACUCCCAGACAAUUUCUCUCCUCCUCCGAAAUUUCCAUCACAGAAUCCUACACACUCUCAACCCUCCUCACCGCCAUAUCCUCCGGCAAGCUCUCCACAGAAGAAGUGACACAAGCAUUCUGCCACCGCGCAGCCAUAGCACAACAAUUAACAAAUUGUCUGACCGAACCUCUCUUCGACUCAGCCCUCGCCCGAGCAAAAUACUUAGACACGUACUUACGCACACACAAAAAGCCAUUCGGCCCUCUUCAUGGCCUCCCCAUCUCCGUCAAAGACACAUUCAACAUCAAAGGCGUCGACUCCUCCAUAGGCAUAGCAUCCCUCUGCCACAAACCAGCCACGCAAAAUAGCCCCCUAAUCGACCUAUUGUUGUCGCUAGGAUGCGUAAUCAUUGCCAAAACCAACAUUCCCCAGACCCUGGCCUCGCUAGACUCGGUGAACAACAUCUUCGGCCGGACCAUGAACCCGAUAAACCGCCUCUGCACGGCCGGCGGCUCCUCAGGCGGUGAAGGCGUCCUCGUUGCAAUGAAAGGCAGCAUGAUCGGCAUCGGAACGGACAUUGGCGGCAGCAUUCGCGUGCCAGCAAUGUGCAACGGCGUCUACGGCUUCAAACCGAGCACCGGACGUGUUCCGUACGGCGGACAAGCGCUGAUCAGCUUGGACGGGCUAUCGCGCACGAGCAUCACCGCCGUAGCAGGCCCCAUAGCCCGCAGUGUCGAGGAUAUUGAUGUAUUUCUCCGCGAAAUUGUCCCGCGCUCUCACCUCUUCGGUGAAGACUGUAUCCCCACCCCAUGGUCCAAAUCUCCCAGCCAGAAGAAGAGCCUGAGAAUCGGCAUCCUCCGAAGCGACAACAACUGCACGCUCCUCCCGCCCAUUGCAAAUAUCCUCGACGAAAUCUCUUCCAAACUCCGCUCCACGCCGAAUGUCACAGUGGUUGACCUACCAUGUCCGCCAGCAUGGACAAAAUGCCAAUCCGUCAUGAGCAAGCUAAUGGGCGUUGACGGCGGCGUAACAAUGGCAAACCUCCUCGAAGCUACAUCUGAGCCUCUUGUGCCAUGGAUGUCGACGCGUUUCCGCAAGGGUAAACCUCAACCUCUCACGAGGGUUGCAGAGAUCCAGGCUCAACGUGCCGCCCUUGAGCGCGAGAUGCUCAAAUUGUGGGUCUCGGACGAUGAGGAGGGCCGUCGUACCCAGACUCUCGAUGCAAUAGUUUGCCCUGUUGCGCCACAUCCUGUCCCGCCGAUCGAAGGGUACAAUGCCGUUGGGAUGACGAGUUCGUGGGUCCUGCUGGAUUAUCCUGCUGGUACGGUCCCUGUACGCGACUGCACUGAGAGUGACUUGCAGAUUGGCAAGCCGCUUGGCGGGAAAGCCCUCGGAAGUUGGGAUGAACGCAAUCGAGAGUUGUGGGAUGAGAGCAAGCUCGAUAGACGAGUGUAUCUUGGUACGCCAUUGAGUGUGCAGAUCGUUGUGCCGAGGUUGCAGGACGAGCAGCUCGUUGAGGCUAUGGGGUGGGUGGACAGGGCGUGUAAAGGAAAAGGUGGUAAUGUGAAGGCCAGGCUUUGA